GUCGAAAUUACAUAUAAAUGCAAGUGGUAGAGCUUAUUCGAACAUUCAGAGUCAUAGAAGCCAAACUCCUGCAGCAUUUAAUUCAGCUGGUUGCUGUAAUUUUACUGGGCUUGGUGCUCCAGUCGGCAGCCGACUGCCCUCUUUCCAAGGCCAUAAUUGAGGGCACUAACCGUAUAUUUAAAAGCGCCGAUCCCGUCGGAAACUUAGAUCUAAAACGGACAGAGCAAGUUCGCACUGGGGAGGUACUUCACAUGUUCUGUCAGGCCAACGAUAUCGUCAGGACCACCUGCUUGCCGAACUCGACCUUCAGCAUCCCGCUUCCCCUGGGGUGUAACAAUCCUUUAGCUGUCUCGGCGACUAUAGUCGCAGACCCAUCCUGUCCGGCCACCACGUACUCAGUGGGAUACGUCAUCAAUAAUCGUCAGCUGGAGCUGUACCGUAGCUGCUACGAUCGAGGUGCGGUGAAAGCUCUGUUUACAACUCCCCUGAUGUAUCCAAAAACCAUCGCAACUGAGCGAUCAUGUCCCCAAUUGACGACGGAUGGUGCCCUUAGUGAUGCGGACGGAAACAGCUUUACGCCAGCCAAUGUCUUCAACUCCUUCAAUCGAAUUCUUGGCAGGAACCAACGAUUCAUACGUAAUAAUAGGGAUACGGUCAUUAUUCCUGCAAGACUGACCCCAUCGGCGGACUAUCUUUUUGGGGACCAAAUUUGCGCCACCUCCAAGUACAUUAACGUGGUGCCGCUCUUCAAGAGCAUCAACGAUGGCAACUGGCAGUCCAUUGAGAAAUGGGUGCGCACUACGGUCGGUGUUGGAGGUCACAUGCGAAUCAGAACCGGUGUCCUGGGCACUCUUACCUUGCGUGGAACAGAACGCAGACGUCGUCAACACCGCAUUUUCCUAAUCGGCGCCAAUAAAAACCCGGUACCGGAGUGGAUUUUCAAGGUGGUCCGCACCGCGGCCAAUCAGCCGCACACUGUCUUCCUAACCUACAACAACAUAUUCAACAACCGUCGCCCCAGCGCUCCCAACUUCUGCAGGAGUGUGCCUUGCCCCGUGGCGCUGGCCAACACAGCAGCGGCAGGUUACACCUUCUGCUGCAACGCCGCCAGUUUCAAUCGUUAAAGUAUAUUUCAUCAAGGAAACCAGUAGUUUGCUAGCUGAAAUUUGAAUUCAUAAAUAAGGUAUAACUUUUAUACCAAAUAUAUAAAUCGCAAAGAAUAAUAUUUGCGACUUAUCUUCUAUUUCCUGGGUCACGUAGCCAAUGUAAGUCCCCGCCAGAAACCUGGCUGAGUUCCCUCUCCCAACGCCUGCCUAAUGAUUUCAGGUACGGAAUCCUAUUUAUUUUCUCUCUGCUGCACCUUAGAUUCAAUUUUAGAUAGGAUUUUAUGAGUGCUGAUGACAAAAUGCAAGCCACAUAAAGUUCAUUGGAUGCAGCCUGAAAAGGACGAAAGGGCAACACCUUUGUUAUUAAACGUGCACUGUCGCUGGCAAGGUAAACAACGCAACCCGCAAACCACCUCACCGAUGCACGAUAAUAAACGCAGAUAAGGCAGAGUGAAAACCACAGAAAGAAAGCGGUUGGCCCGGCUCUUUCCAAGAACCAGCCAAGAAUCGGCCCGGGGCAAGGACUGUCUUGAACCUCAUGUGCACCGGCCACUUAUCACCGAUGGCCC